GGCGGGGGCUCCGGGCGCGGGGCCCGACCUGUUGCUUGAGACUCGCAGGCGAUGGGGAUGGAAGUUACAGAUGCAUUAAAAAAACGUAGGAAAGCUCUGCAGGUUUGGCAGCCGGUGGGGAAAAAUAGACGCCGGAGCGUUGCAUUGGUGCGGCGAUCCUCUGAAGAAGGUGACAGCUUGUUCCCUAAUAGAGUUAACUAAUAAAUAGGAGAAAACUCCAUAGGAUCUACUCCCGGAAGCAGUUAACUGCUGCAACUCAGAAAUCUUGUGCUGUGUUGUGUGGGGAGGGCCAGGCCCUGUACACAGAUUCCUGAAGAGGACACAAUACUUGGAAUGAUAAAAUUGCCAUCAUGAGUCAACAAGGUUAUGUUGCAGCUCCUCCAUAUUCCCAGUCACAGCCUGGAAUAGGAGGUUUUGGGCCACCCAGUUCUUCAGUUCAUUAUGGGCAUUAUGGGGAUCCUAACUCCUCAUAUUCAUCACCUCAACCAGGUGUGUCAAAAUCAACUGUGCCUUUUGGAUCUCCGGCUCCUGUUGGGCCUCCACCACCUGGUGCACAGCAAUUCAGCCAGACCAGUUUCCAGAAUGGGUCUGGUACACCAGGACAGCAACCACACAGGUUUCAAGGCCCUCCACCUCCAAGUAACACAGGACCUUCCUAUCCUCCCUACAGUCCUCAGUCUCAAGCAGCCUUCCCAAAUACUGCACCUGCUUCCUCUACAGCACAACUUGCUGACCAGCUCAACAGCAUGCAGAUAAAUAGCUAUGGUCCUGGCGCUGCUCCGAGCUCCUGCGUGUCUCCCGGGCACCCGGCGGCUUUCCAGGGCCCGCGACUGCUGCCCCCAGCCCAGCAGCAGAUGGGUUUGCCUCCUGCACCACAGCUGCCUCCUCCACCAGCAAACAGUGUUAAUGGCCUUGGUGCUCAGCCUGCAUUGCCUCCUAUGGCCAGGCAGGGUGGAAUGCCUGGACCUGCCCCUCCAAAUCCUAACUUGCAGCACCUUCCGGGACAGCCUCCAGGGCCUGGAUAUCAUCCUCAGCAAGCAAACUAUGGUCCUCAGAUGGCAGCAUCUCAACUGUCCUAUCCUGGUGCUUUUCCUGGUGGCCCAGCACAGCUCUCAGGCCCACCACAGAAGAAGCUUGAUCCUGACUCUAUUCCAAGCCCAAUUCAAGUAAUUGAAAAUGAUAAGGCUGCCAGGGGAGGGCAGGUCUAUGCCACAAACACAAGAGGGCAGGUUCCUCCCCUCGUCACCACCAACUGUGUGAUCCAGGACCAAGGCCACGCCAGCCCCCGGUACAUCCGCUGCACGACCUACUGCUUCCCGGUGAGCUCGGACAUGGCCCGGCAGGCCCGCAUCCCCCUGGCCGCUGUCAUCCAGCCCUUCGCUGCUGUGCCGCCCAGCGAGACACCUCUUUAUCUCGUAAACCAUGGCGAGACCGGCCCCAUCCGCUGCAACCGCUGCAAAGCCUACAUGUGUCCCUUCAUGCAGUUCAUUGAAGGUGGCAGGAGGUACCAGUGUGCAUUUUGUAACUGUAUAAAUGAUGUCCCCCCGUUCUUCUUUCAACACCUGGACCACAUGGGCCGACGGAUAGACCACUAUGAGAGGCCUGAGCUGUCCCUGGGAUCCUAUGAAUACGUGGCUACUUCGGAUUAUUGCCGAGACAAGAAGCCUCCUAAUCCACCAGCUUUCAUCUUCAUGAUUGAUGUAUCGUACAGAAACAUAAAGAGUGGCCUAGUGAAACUCAUAUGUGAUGAACUGAAGACUCUGCUAGAUAAACUUCCAAGAGAAGAGCAAGAAGAAUCCUCAGCAAUUCGAGUUGGUUUUGUCACUUAUAACAAGGUCCUUCACUUCUUCAAUGUAAAAAGCAGCUUAGCUCAGCCUCAGAUGAUGGUGGUCACGGAUGUGGCAGAAGUUUUUGUUCCUUUGCUGGAUGGUUUCCUUGUGGACUUUCAGGAAUCCAGAUCAGUUGUUACCAACUUGUUGGACCAGAUUCCAGAGUUGUUUGCAGACACUAAUGAGAGUGAGACCAUCUUCGCUCCCGUUAUCCAGGCUGGCAUGGAGGCACUAAAGGCUGCAGAGUGUGCUGGGAAACUGUUCAUCUUCCACUCUUCUCUGCCAACUGCGGAAGCACCAGGGAAGCUGAAAAACAGAGAUGACAAGAAACUGCUCAACACAGAUAAGGAAAAGACCCUCUUCCAGCCACAGGGAAAUUAUGAGGCCUUAGCCAAGGAUUGUGUGGCCAAUGGCUGCUGUGUGAAUUUGUUCCUCUUCCCAAAUCAGUACAUGGAUGUAGCCUCCAUGGGCCUUGUCACAAUGUACACUGGUGGAACACUGUACAAGUACAACAAUUUCCAACCCAAUACUGACAGCCCCCAGUUCUUAAGUGACCUCAGGAAGGAUAUCCAAAAAAAGAUGGGAUUUGAUGCAACAAUGAGGGUUCGGACAAGUACAGGCUUCAGGGCUACAGACUUCUUUGGAGCCAUUUACAUGAACAACACCACGGAUGUGGAGAUGGCAGCGGUUGACUGUGACAAAGCAGUGACAGUGGAGUUCAAACAUGAUGACAAACUGAAUGAAGACACCGGAGCCUUAAUUCAGUGUGCUGUCCUGUACACAUCGAUGAGCGGGCAGAGGCGAAUCCGCAUCCACAACAUAGGUUUGAACUGCAGCUCCCAGUUAGCUGAUGUCUACAGGACUUGUGAGACUGAUGCACUUAUCAACUUCUUUGCUAAGUCAGCUUUUAAAGCCAUUCUGAGCCAGCCCCUGAAGACAGUCAGGGACAUCCUGAUGAAUCAGACUGCUCACAUGCUGGCCUGCUACAAGAAGAACUGUGCCAGUCCAGCAGCUGUCAGCCAGCUGAUCCUGCCAGACACGAUGAAGGUGCUGCCUGUGUACAUGAACUGCCUGUUGAAGAGCUGCGUGCUGGCGGGCAGGCCCGAAAUCCCAACUGAUGAGAGAGCUUUCCACCGCCAGCUGGUCAUGGCCAUGGGGGUGGCCGACACACAGCUCUUCUUCUACCCCCUGCUGCUGCCAAUUCACAGCCUGGAUCUGAAGAGUGAUGCUGUCCCAGCUGCUGUCCGCUGCUCCGAGGAGCGCCUCUCCGAGGGAGGGGCCUUCCUGCUGGCCAACGGGCUGAGCAUGUUCCUGUGGCUGGGAGCCAGUGUGUCUCCAGAGCUCAUCCAGGGGCUGUUCAAUGUGCCAUCCUUCGCACACAUCAGCACCGAGACCACAUCCCUGCCUGACCUGGACAAUCCAUUUUCUAAGAAGCUAAGGCAUAUCCUGGAGCAAAUCCAGAGCCAAAAGCCCCACACUAUGAAGCUGAUGGUAGUGAAGCAACGGGAGCAGCCAGAGAUGCUUUUCCGCCAGUUCUUGGUAGAAGACAAGAGUAUUUAUGGAGGAGCCUCGUACGUGGAUUUCCUCGUGUGCAUUCACAGAGAGAUCAGCCAGCUGCUCAGUUAAGGCAGCUCAAGUAAAAUGUUCAGUUCCUUUUUGCCUUUGCAGGAGGGACAGUUUUUGGUGCCUGAAGGCUGGCCCACAGCUCCACCAGACCCAGGCCUUCUGCUGUGCUUUACUGACCCUUUUCUGUGCUCUUUUGUACAGUUUCAUUUGAUCCCACCUCUCCCUGAGUAUUUUGCUUACUUCUUAAGCUGUAGAAUAGGAAGUUUUGCACUCAGGUAUUAAUCUUCUGGGAGUCCUGAAUCUUUCUCUACCUGAAUUGCCAGAUUUCAGAAUUGCCAAUGCUUAAGAGCAUAUAUGAUACACAUUUCUUAAAAGACAAUUUAGAAAACUCUCAAUUAUUCCUUUUGCUAGUCACAAGUUGUACCAGAGCUGGGAAAGAUGAUCAGAAUCUGUACAGAGGAG